AUGGAUCCCUCCUCAAGACGCCUUCACCUCAUAUCGCUGUAUUUUAUUCUGAUUUAUCAAGCACAUUUUUCCAGGGCUGUUGAGAGAGUAAACGUUUCUAACUGGGAUGAAUUUACCAGCAGGGGCAGCAGGAUAAAGCAGCAGAAAUGGGACACCGCUUCCCAGGGAGAGCAGACGGCUGCUGCGUCAGAAACCAACACCUCCUCCUACAGUCCCUCACUGGACAGCUGGACAGCUGCAACCAGCCUGAGGUCCUCAUGGGCCAGAGCAACAGAAAGCAUAGAGUCACUGACCACAGCAGCAGAAACCAGUCAGUCACCAGCAGCCACAACAAUAGUCAGCCCGUCCUCAACGACCACGGCUAAGGUAACAACCAGUCAACCCUCAGUGACCAGGACACCAUCCGAGUCCUCAAUGACCACGGCUUCAGUACUAACCAGCCAGUCCUCAACGAGCACGGCACAAACGAGUCAGUCCUCAACAACCACGGCACCAACCAGCCAGUACUCAACAACCACGGCACCAAACAGCCAGUCCUCAACAACCACGGCACCAAACAGCCAGUCCUCAACGACCACGGCACCAAACAGCCAGUCCUCAACGACCACACACGGCCACAAACCCACCACCCCCACCACAACACCACCCAAAGCCUCCUCACGCCAAACGGCACAAACGAGUCAGUCCUCAACAACCACAGCACCAAACAGCCAGUCCUCAAUGACCACGGCACCAAACAGCCAGUCCUCAACGACCACGGCACCAAACAGCCAGUCCUCAACAACCACGGCACCAAACAGCCAGUCCUCAACGACCACAGCACCAAACAGCCAGUCCUCAAUGACCACGGCACCAAACAGCCAGUCCUCAACGACCACGGCACAAACGAGUCAGUCCUCAACGACUACGGCACCAAACAGCCAGUCCUCAACGACUACGGCACCAAACAGCCAGUCCUCAACGACUACGGCACAAAGGAGUCAAUCCUCAACGACUACGGCACCAACCAGUCAGUCCUCAAUGACCACGGCACCGACCAGCCAACCUUCCAGCACAAAAUCAUCCACUAGUCAGGCAACAUUUAGGAAAGAAUCCACCAGACAAUCAUCCACAACAUCAUCAGAAAGCAAAUCUUCGACUACGCAAGAGUCUUUAUUUCAGCCCCUUGUCAACACAACCCUAGUUACAGAAACUUCCACCCACUCUUUAUCAAGGAUAGAACUAACUAACCAGUCACCAACCACCUCAUUAACAGCCAUCCAAUCACCAACAAACAAGAUUCUGCCUAAUCAAUCAUCAUCUGGCACAGUGACAACCAGCCAAUCACCAGCCGGCAGGGCCACAGCUAUGAAUACACCAGCAGUAACACCUAUGGAGCUUACAACCAGCUUAAAGACAUCACAGGAGCCAUCAGACAGGUUGACGGCCUAUAACCAGUCAGUAUCUGGUUCAGCCAUUUUACCAGCUGAGCCUCCAGUAAACGCUUCUCAGCUGAGCAGGCAGGCCAAGGAAGCCCUGAGGUCACCGCUGCGAAGGAUUCCAGCAGGGCCGUGUGUCUUCCCCUGUCUGAAUGGAGGACAGUGCAUUCAGACGGAGUUGUGUGACUGCAGCCUGUAUCAGGCCACUGGGCACAGAUGUCAGACAGUUCCGAAUCCCGGCUUCGAAAGGGAAAUGACCUGCAGGACGUGGGGCCAGUACAACUUCGAGACCUUCGAUGGCCUUUACUACUACUUCCCCGGCCGCUGUACGUACACUCUGCUGAGGGACUGUGAGGAGAGCAGCCAGGCCGGCGUCGUCAUCCAGAUCCACAACGACCCAGCGUGUGGCGACAGCCCCUACACCUGCCAAAGGUCCGUCAGCAUCUUCCUUCCGUGGGAGGGCGAGCUCCGGCUGCACGCCAGCAACGUGACCUUCAAGGGUCAAAGUUUGCAGCUGCCUCAUCACAUCCACGACCUGCAGCUGGAGCGCAUCUCGCAGUACGUUCUGGUGACGCAGGAGCGGGGCUUUACGCUGGCCUGGGAGGGACGCGGCGGCUCCGUCUACGUCAAGCUCAGCCCCGAGUUUGUGGGCAGAACCUGCGGCCUGUGCGGAAACUUCAACGCAGACGUCCAGGACGACCUGAAGACCAGCUACGGUGUGCUGACUCAUGAAAUAGAAAUGUUUGGCAACAGUUGGAUGGAGGCAGAACCACACCAGGCCCGAUGCGCUGUGGUGCCUCCUGGCUUCUCGUCACCCUGUGCUGCAGUAGACGCUCGCGUGCUGCUGAAGGUGGAGGAGGUCUGUGCGAUGCUGUUAGAGCCACCUUUUCAGAGCUGCCACGACUUCGUCAGCCCGCUGUCCUUCAUGGCCAGCUGCUCCAACGACCUCUGCACGUCGGGUCCCAGCGGUGACGAGGUCUGCCAGGUGCUCAGUGAAUACGCCCGGGCCUGUGCCCACGCCGACCACCCACUGCACGACUGGAGGCAGCACAUUCCUCAGUGUGGGAAGCAGUGUCCUCUGGGUCUGCAGUACAGGGAAUGUAUCAGCUGCUGCCCAGAGUCCUGCAGCCUGGAGCGGACGUGCAUCGACAGCCGGUUGGCCUGUUUGGACGGAUGCUACUGUCCAGACGGACUGAUUUACGAGGACGGGGUCUGCGUGACGCCGUCUGACUGUCCGUGCGAGUACCGCAGCAUGUUCUACCCGUCGGGGCAGACGCUGCAGGAGGACUGCAACAACUGCACAUGCGUGGGUGGAGUGUGGAACUGCACUGACUACAGCUGCCCAGGCGAGUGCUCGGUGACGGGCGACAUGUACUUCCAGUCCUUCGACGGGCGGCUCUUCACCUUCCCUGCAACGUGUCAAUACGUCCUCGCCAAGAGUCAGAGUUCGGGGAAGUUCACCGUCACCAUCCAGAACGCGCCCUGUGGAGCCAACCUGGACGGGGCCUGCAUCCAAUCAGUUAACCUGGUUGUUGACGAGGAUCCCAGGGCGGAGGUGACACUGAGCCACGUGGGCGAGGUGUUCCUGGCCGGACAGCACCGCCUCUCGCUGCCCUAUUCUGACGACGUCUUCCACAUCCAGGAGCUGUCGUCCAUGUUCCUCCAGGUGAAGACGGCGUUCGGCCUGCGCCUGCAGUACGGCUGGAGGGAGUUCCGUCUGUACCUGCAGGCCGACGGGCUGUGGAAGGACGACACGGUCGGCCUGUGCGGCACCUUCAACGGCAACAUUCAAGAUGACUUCCUGUCUCCGUCAGGAAUGAUCGAAAGCACCCCUCAGCUGUUUGGAAACGCCUGGAAGGUGUCGUCGGCCUGUUCCCUCAGCCUGAGCGCGGCCCAGCUCGACCCCUGCGACACCCACCAGCAGGCCGUGUCCUAUGCCUCCCAGAUGUGCGACGUUCUGCACCAGGACCUGUUCUCCUCCUGCCACGAGUACCUCAGCCCGGCUCCCUUCCAUCAGCAGUGCCGCUCGGGGACCUGUAAGUGCGGCACGCCCUGCCUGUGCUCGGCGUUGGCCCACUACGCUCACCACUGCCGCAGGUUCUCCGUCAUCGUGGACUUUCGUUCACACGUCCCCGACUGCGCCGCCUCCUGUCCGGCCACCAUGCAGUACGGCACCUGCGUGUCCUCCUGCCAGCGCCGCUGCUCCGGCCUCUCCGUCCCUCAGCUCUGCGGGGACGAGUGUGAGGAGGGCUGCGUCUGCCCCGAGGGCUCCUUCUACAACCACCGCACACACACCUGCGUGCACAGGAGCGAGUGUCCGUGCAGUUUCCUCGGAGCGGACUACGAGCCGGGGGAUGUGAUCAUGACGUCAGCAGGUGUUCAACUCUGUCUCAAUGGUAAACUGGUGUCGCAGAUUGCAGACAGCGACGGGCUGUGUCCAGAGGGGCAGCACUACCAGAACUGCUCGUACGGGGAGGACGGCCUCCUGCUGGGAAGGGGCGUGGCCUGUGAGCGCACCUGUGAGUCGUACCUGCUCAACCUCACCUGCUCCACAUAUGAGCCGUGCGUGUCUGGAUGCGCCUGUCCCCCUGGGUUGCUCAGACACGGAGACGAGUGCUUCGAGCCGGCCGCCUGCCCCUGUCUGUGGAAAGGAAAGGAGUUUUACCCUGGAGACCGGGUCUCCUCCUCCUGCCAUGACUGCGUUUGCCAGCACGGGACCUUCCAGUGUGUGUUCCAUCCCUGUCCGUCAAUGUGCACCGCCUACGGCGAUCGCCACUACAGGACGUUUGAUGGUCUGCUCUUCGACUACGUUGGUGCAUGUAAAGUUUACCUUUUAAAAAGCAGUGCAGAGGUGACGCUCAGCGUGACAUCUGAGAACGUCGACUGUUUCGACAGCGGCAUCAUCUGCAGGAAGUCGCUGCUGAUCAACGUCGGAAGAUCCUUCCUGUUAUUUGAUGACGACACCGGGGAACCGAAUCCAUCCAGUGUGAUUGACAGGAAGCAGAUCAUGUUCAUCUGGCCGGCCGGAUACUUCACAGUGAUCCACUUUCCUGACGAAGACGUGACCAUCCUCUGGGACCGUAAGACCAGUGUCCACAUCCAGGUGGGCCCUCGCUGGCAGGGGAAGCUGAGUGGACUGUGUGGAAACUUUGACCUGAAGACAGUGAAUGAGAUGCGAACGCCCGACAACAUCGAGUCCCCAACAUCACAGGAGUUUGGAAACAGCUGGACGGCAGUGGAGUGUGUGAACAGUCCAGAUGUGCGGCACCCCUGCAGCCUCAACCCGCUCAGGGAGCCCUUCGCCAAGCGACGGUGUGCCGUGCUGCUGGGUGAGGUCUUCCAGAGCUGCCACCCAGUGGUGGACGUUACCUGGUUCUACGCCAACUGCCUGGCCGACACGUGCGCCUGCAGCCGCGGAGGCGACUGCGAGUGCUUUUGCAGCAGCGUGGCGGCGUACGCCCAGCGCUGCUGUCACCAGGGCGUCGCUGUGGACUGGCGCUCGCCUUCCCUGUGCCCCUAUGACUGUGAAUUCUACAAUAAAGUUCUGGGUAAAGGCCCAUUCAGACUCAUCGCCUUCAGGGAUCGGACAGCGUUUUUAGCAGCCAACAGGUCCAGUGGUUCUGUGUUCCUGCAGCGAGGCAACGCCACCGCCAGCGUCCUCUCACAGUUCAUGAUGACACCGGGCCUAAGCAGAACUCGACCACACGACACAUCGCGGGUUUCCUUCGAGGCGGCAGACAGACCAAACUACUUCCUGUGCACCGGCCCCAGUGGUCAGGUGACCCUGGCCAAGUGGGAGGAGAGCGAGACCUUCUGGGACAGAGCCACCUUCGUUCACCACAGAAACACCUGGAUCCCCGGCUAUGACUCGCUGGAGUCCCACGCGAGACCCGGCUUUUUCCUUUACGCCACGCUGCCUCGGCUUCACCUGCUCAAAUACAGACACGUGGACGGUUUCCGCAAGGCCACGCUGUUCAGACUGACAGGCCCCAGACCAGACGCUUCACCGGCUCCCAAGUGUCAGUGGAGGUACGACUCCUGCACCAGGCCCUGCUUCAAGAGCUGCAGCGACCCGUCGGGUGAAGCCUGCGACACCAUCCCUCAGGUGGAGGGCUGCCUCCCUGUCUGCCCCCCCCACAUGGUCCUGGAUGAAGUCACUCGCAGAUGUGUCUACGCUGAAGACUGCAUCAAGGCCCCAGUGGUUGUGGCGCCUGAAACGACAACUGCUCAGAUGGUAUCUGCAACCACCUGGACGACUGCUGAGCCGCCUCCUCCACCCACCACGCAUGGCAUCACACAGGCCACCUCAAAGGCUCCGCCGGUCCCCGACGCUUCAACCUCACCCCUCACCACUACUCCUUCUGUAGCUCCACAGGUUUCCACAACAUCAGCACCCCCAUCGCCUCCUACUGUUAGACCAGAGGUGUCAGAGCCACCGUUUACUGUCAGAGUGACUGAAGCUCUGCCCACAACCUUCCCAGCUACAACAGUGCAGACAACCCGGGCCCCGAGCUCUGUUAGCCCUGUCGGCCCUAUCACAUCCAGGACGAGCAGUCCUCCUGCCAUCACAGCCCCGUCCACCGACACCGACUCGCUGCGGCCGACUACAACCACCAGCUCCACUGAGCAGCCCGCCACUGCGCAGACCUCACCUCAGCCAACCAGAGAGAGCACAGAAGCUCCAAGCCCUCCUCCUCCUCCUCCUGCUUUAGUUACAGACAGCACUACAGCCACCACAAAGGCUGUAACUGUGGAAAGACCCCCCACCACCACAACCACCACCCGCCCUGCUGCUUCACCGAGCACCUCACCUACCCCAACGCUGCCUGAUGUUGGAACAGGGACGAUUUCUCUGCCCACAGAGCCGGAGACGGCGGCUGCGGCCUUCACCUGGACAACCACACCCUCAGCUGCCACAGAGAGGCUGCACUCUACCUCCUCCAGGGAACUGACUACUACAACCGUCCCUGAGGUGCCAGCACCAAGCGAGGACGCUGAACUGACCACGACUCUACCAUCAACUUCUGCUUCAGCCUUUACACACUGGCGAACCACAACGACUGAGGCAGUGACCUCACCUGAAACCACCACAUCUACAUUACCUGCAGCUACCACCACAGCAGCUGUUCCUCCUCGUCCUCCCACGGUCACAGACACAUCGACCUCCAGUGGAACCACCUCCACGUUGUCCACUGAGGGAACCUUCUCCUCCUCUGCCAUCCCAACAACAGAGAGAACCACUCAGACCACCUCAUCCACAGCUUCCACAGCUUCCACAGCUUCCACGGUGUCCACCUCGUCCACAGCUUCCACAGCUUCCACGGUGUCCACGACGUCCACGGUGUCCACAGCUUCCACAGCUUCCACAGCUUCCACGGUGUCCAUGACAUCCACGGUGUCCACAGCUUCCACAGCUUCCACAGCUUCCACUGUGUCCACGACGUCCACUGCUUCCUCUGCGUCCAUGGCUUCGACGGCAUCAACUCCGCCCACAACUUCCAGAGCGUCCACGGCUUCCACGACUUCCACAACGCCCACAGCGUUCACGGCAUCCACAGCGUCCACAGCAUCCACAGCGUCCACAGCUUUCACAGCUUCCACAGCGUCCACAGCAUCCACAGCGUCCACAGCUUCCACAGCGUCCACAGCAUCCACAGCUUCCACAGCUUCCACAGCAUCCACAGCUUCCACAGCGUCCACGGCUUCCACGGCAUCCACGGCAUCCACAGCGUCCACUGCUUCCAUGGCUCCAAAAACUCCAGAAACAACCACAACACCCUCUCUUGUGCAAACCACUACCGUACCAGUGUCACCAACCAUCACUUCCUCCCACCCUGUGUAUACAUUACACACCUCUGAGCCAUGGCGUCCUCCACACAGGGAGACCACCUCCACCCACACCUACAGUCCCACAGUGAAAUCUACAGCAGCUCCCGUCCAUGUGGCCACAUCCACUGAAACUACACAACUGCCUCAUGUUCCUGUAACAACAACAACAACGGCACCUCUAACUUCUGCAACCUCUGUUUCUUCCGCCGUCACCACCAGACAAUCUACAACAUCUGCUAAAAUCUCAACUACAGAAGGUGCAGCCACCACCGAGGGAGUGGUCACACUUCCAUCUGAGCCUGGUGCCCCCACUGCCUCCACCACAGCUCCAGCAGGUCUUACCACAUUGCUUAGACCCGUUACCGUACAGCUGAUCACUGACACCACCCACCCAGUGACGGGCAGAGUGGAGGCGUCCACAGAAGCUACAACACCAGCCCUGUCUUGGUUCACGUCCACAUCGGCAGCUCCACUGCCGACAGAGAAGUUCACUACUCGGCUAGUGUCCACCACAAGAGCUACACCUGCUACCACGACCCUGAGGACCACACCCAAAGCUCCUGUGACUACGAGAGUCACCCCGAGGAUCACUGAGAGGUCGACCAUCCGGCCAGUUACUGCAAGGGUUACCAUAGCAACAAGUCCUCCAGCAGUGACCACCAGAUCGACACCCGUUGGCCCAGUGACUCCGGCACCAAGUCCUGCUGCAACAACCACUUCAGGGGCAUCCUCUGCAACCAGCCAAUUAUCACCUGAGGCAGCCAGCACCACUGGUGUCACCAGGACCAGCCCAGUGCCUGCGUCUUCAUCCACCACAGAGGAGUCGACCCCAUCAGCAUCCCCAGCACUGAGCCCUCUGCCCGAAGCACUGGCGUCCACCCCCCCACCCAGUGCUCCCACCUCUGCUACAACUACCCUCCCUGCAGCCUCUGUGGGUCCAGGUGCUACAACGAUCGGACCCACGUCCACGGCUAUGGGACGGACCUGCACCCCUCCGUACGCAGAGAUUGUUGAUGACUGCACCAAGUACAUCUGUGUCAACAACCAACUUGUCCUGUUUAACAAGUCCCAGAGUUGCCCGUUCGCAUCAAAGCCUCCAAACUGUGGCCUGCUGGGCUUCGCCGUCCUCGUCAACGGAGACAAGUGUUGUCCUAAGUGGGACUGUCCCUGUCGCUGCACGAUGUUUCCAGACCUGAGCCUCAUUACGUUCGAUGGGAACAGUGUUGCCGUCUACAAGGCUGCCUCAUACAUCGUGACCCAGCUGCCCAAUGAGACCGUCAGCGUCCUGGUGCAGGAGUGUCCUGCUGACUCUGAGCUGCCGCUCAUGUGGAACUUCACCAACCUGUGUCUGGUGGCGCUUAAUAUCACGCACAACUCCAACCACAUCGUCAUCAACCGACUGCAGAGGAGGCUCUACAUCAAUUCACGCUACGCCAGACCUCGCUUCAAGAAGCAUGGAUUCGAGAUCUACGACACGGGAAACAUGUACCUGAUCCGCAGCCCAGCCGGGCUCAAGCUGCAGUGGUACCACAGCACCGGCAUGAUGGUGAUCGACACCGACAGCUCCAGAAACAAGCUUCCCACCAUGGGCCUCUGUGGUUUCUGUGACGGAGACCCAACCAACGACCUGACGCUGGCCAACGGAACCACGGUGAGUGCUAGCGAGGAUCCGGCUGUGUUCAUCGACAGCUGGCAGGUUCCCAACACCACCAGCUACAUCAGCCACAGCCGCCGCCGUGAGCACAACUGCUCCACCAGCGACUGCUCCAUCUGCCUGGACAUGCUGCAGAAACACGCCUUCACCCCCUGCCACGCAUUCGUCCCACCCAGCACGUUUUGUGAGGUUUGGGUGCGAGAUGCCGAGUACGUCAACAACCAGUGUGUGUCUCUGGCUGCUUAUGUGGCUUCCUGCCACAAGUUCAACAUCUGCAUCGAGUGGAGGAGUCCAGAUUUCUGUCCCUUCGCGUGUCCCGAUUCUCUGCGGUACCAGGCCUGUCUGCCAGCCUGCACGUCUCAGUCCUGUCCGAACCACGACUUUGACUCGGACCCAGACCAGUGUUCGGGCCUGACUGAGGGCUGCGUGUGUCCUGAGGGGACGCUGCUGCACCGGCCCUACUCUGCGCUAUGUAUCUCUCCUGAGAAGUGCGCCUGCACCGACAGCUCCGGGCUUCCUCGCGCACACGGUGAGGUGUGGAAAGCCUCCAACGACGCCUGCUGCAUGUACCGCUGUGACAACGACACCGUCCUCCCUGUGGAGUACGACUGCUCCAGCAUCGCUGUGCCCGAGUGCCACCGGGCCGCGGAGGUGAUCAUCAGCCUGGCCGAUGACACCAGCUGCUGCCCACAGAAAGUCUGCGUGUGUAACCAGAGCUUGUGUGAUCUGACCCCGCCUAAGUGUAAAUAUGGGGAGAAGCUGGUGUCGUACUACAGACAGGACUCCUGCUGCCCGGACUACGUGUGCGAGUGUGAUCCUGAGCUCUGCGAGUCCGACGUUCCCGCCUGCAGAGAAGACCAGGCGCUGGUCGCCACCAGAGCUGACGGCAGCUGCUGCCUGGCCCACAUCUGCAUGUGUUCGUCGUGUGCGGAGACGCCUCCUCUCUGCCAGGACGGCGAGGUGCUGACGGUGGACGGCAACGCGACCGACCGCUGCUGCCCCAGCUACCAGUGUGUGUGUGAGCCCUACAGGUGCCCUCAGGUCUCCUGCCCUGUUGGGAUGUCCGUGGCGUCGGUGUCCAGUCCGGGCCGCUGUUGCCCCAAUCAGACAUGCGAGUGUUCUUGUGAGAAGAUUGCGUCCCCAAAAUGUGGCUUGGGAGAGGCCGCCCAGCUGGACCGAGCCUUUCUGUCUGACCCACAGAACCAGUGCGCCUGCAAAAGAUACAAGUGUGUGCGCGAGGCCGUGUGUGUGUUCGGCGAGCGCGGGGUCCUGCGGCCGGGUCAGACUCUGGUGGAGCACGGUGACGACGGCUUGUGUCACAGCCGGCAGUGCAGCCGCAGCCUGGACCCCACGAGCGGCUUCCACCUCCUCCGCACCUCCUCAGUCAACUGCUCCACCCACUGCGAGCCCAAUCAGAUCUACGUUCCUCCUAAGGACCAGUCGACCUGUUGUGGAUUUUGUAGGAAUAUUUCUUGCAUCCAUGAGCACGAGAACGGGUCAACGAUUCUCCAUAAGCCGGGGAAAUCCUGGGUGUCGAAUUGCAUGAAGUUCGACUGCACUGACACCUUGUCCGGACCCACUCUCGUCUCCUACUCCUUCAGCUGCCCCCCCUUCAACGAAACCGAGUGUGUGAAGAUUGGGGGAUCUGUGGUAACGUACAUGGACGGAUGCUGCAGAACAUGCAAAGAAGAUGGAAAGUCGUGUCAAAAGGUGACGGUGAGGAUGACCAUCAGGAAGAACGACUGCCGCAGCAACAGGCCGGUGAACAUCGUGUCCUGUGACGGGAAGUGUCCGUCCGCCAGCAUCUACAACUACAACAUCAACACGUACGCCCGCUUCUGCAAGUGCUGCCGGGAGACGGGGCUGCAGCGGCGCUCUGUGCAGCUCUACUGCAGCAGCAACUCCACCUGGGUCAGCUACAGCAUCCAGGAGCCCACGGACUGCUCCUGCCAGUGGUCCUGAACACAAAGAAGCACACAAGACAUGUACUUUCAUUACGACCUCCUUGUCAGCCUGCAGAGAAAAGAGCGUGUGGGGGGGGAGUGGACCCCUGACCCCUCAUGUCAGAGCUUAAAGCACAAAAAGGCUCAAAGUGUUUUUAGAUUUUCAAUUGGAAACCAGCCCUGAACAUCUGAGUUCGGUUCAGCUCGUCAUCCUCAACCGUCUGAAAUAUCAUCUUCACCUAAUUCACGCCAUGUUUUUGUAAAUAUCAGUGUCCUCAAACUGCUUUUCAGAAGUUUAGAGAUUAGAAUUUUAGACAGGCAAUAAACUGUUUAUCCAGUGAUUUAACAAUCAGUGCUAGUGAGGUGUAUUAACGGAUUUAUCCAGCUGUAUGUCGAGCACUUUAUUUAUUUAUUGGGUUUUGAUAGAGCACAGCUGAUUUGUGGAUGAAAGAUUCGGCCCAAAUGCAAACAAACAGACUGAACCAGGUCCAGAAUUGGGCUCGGCUGAAAACCUGAAUUGUAGCAUGUUUCCCCGUCUGUUCAUAUCAAACCAACCCUGGAUAGAUGAGUACAAGAGGAUCUGUAUCAUACAAAUGUACAUUUGCAUUUUCAAUAAAUAUUAACUUUGGA